AUGAGCUCCGUCGGAGCGGUGAUAGCGGCCCAGCCGGGCCGCGGUGACAGGCAUGACGCUUCUACUUCGGACUAUCAGAUUAUACUGCCUCCCCUGCCUACUGGAGCUGCGGUGUUGAACAACGUGUUUCUGCACGCUGACAUCCGCGGGCGCCCGUACCGCGUCGAGGACUUCCGCGACGCCCUGGGCCACCUGGAACUGCUCCCCGGGGUUCUCGCCUUGGGGGCGUUCCAGAUGAAUCACGUCUGGGCCGUGACUUUCAAGUCACCGGAGGGUAAGCGGAAGACCCUUGCAGCGGGUGACCUCGUCGUCAAGGGCCGACGAUGCAUCGUUGUCGACCCGGGCAACCGCGACAUCCGCGUCAAGCUCCACUGGCUCCUGUAUCACGUCCCCGACGACGAGGUGAAAGCCGCACUGGCCCCUUACGGCACGGUGACCGAAAUGGGAACCGAGAAGUGGCGGGUGCAGGGAGUCAUGGACUGCGGGUCAAUGACGCGCACGGCUGUCAUCCGGCUUAACCCUGGGCUCGGGUUGGACAAACUGCCGCAUCAGCUGCGUAUUGCCGGAGGGCAGGUGCUCGUCGAGGCGCCGGGCAGGGCACCACUCUGCCUGCGCUGCGAGCGGACCGGCCAUAUCCGCCGCGAUUGCCGAGUGCCGAAGUGCCAGUCCUGCCAUCGGAUUGGUCACGACGCCGCCCACUGCGUCAAGACCUACGCUGCGGCAACGGGCCCCGGAGCUGGUCAGGCCAACGCUGACCACCUCAUGGACGAGGCGGAUGCGGAGGAGACAAUCAAGGGAGCUGGUCCUUCCACCGGGACGCCUGGCGACAUCGUUGGUACUUGGGAGCAAGCCGUGCUGUACGGGUUUUCGGCUGGAACAUUUCGGCCAGUGCAUCGCUGCCGUGUCAUCCUGUCGUCGUCGCGUCCGGCCAGUGCAUCGCUACCGUGUCAUUUUGUCGUCGCUGCACGCGCUCAGUACUACUACUACGUGUGAGUGAUUGAUAGGCUUGUUAUCAGUCGACCAAAGGACUGGCAGUGCCAUGAAGCGUCCAGUACAGCGCUCUACAAAAGCGUGGGAGGCGGAGCGAUUCAUCGCAGACCGGCGGAAUGCUUUACUUCGGCAACUUAAUCUGACACGCUGCUUCUGAUUUUGUAGGUAAGCACUGUUUUCGCUGGCUCUUCACCGCGUUUUUGACCGCUCGCCUUCCGCUGGUCUGCUGCCGUGUUGCUUUGUGUUGCUUCCUCGUUUAGUAUCUUUUUUUUUCAAAAUGAGUGACUGAAUCUCAUGUCAGAAACCGGUGGCAUCUGAAAGUUCUUCCAUUACAUACUCAGAGUGUGAGCACUGUUAUCACGUUGGGAAGUGCUCUGGAGUUACAAAAACGUUACUUAAGUCAAUGCCACAGGAGAGUCUCGAUCACUA